UAGUGAACGCUUUUCAUAGACAUCGAAAAAAUCUUUGUAAAAUAUUAAUUUGAAAGUAUUAUUAUUAUUUUCUGUACUCGGUAUUAUUUCAUAAAAAAUUGAAUACAGAUGAAGGAUCGAUACAAAUGACGGAUUUUCCAUAAAAUAAAAUAAAACCACAUAGCCAUAUUUUUGGUGAUUUUCUCAUAUUAACUUAUUGAAAAAACGCUUAUUUUUAAAUAUUUGUAUUAUACAUUAAUUAAAAAAAUACCUAACCAGUUAUUUAAAAUAUUCAGAAUUCUUAGAUGCAUAUAUAAAAUAAAGGUAUUUUUAUAGUUAUUUUCAAAUUGCUCAUUUGGCUACCACUCUGUUUAUGGUUAUAGAGCUAUUACAGGCUCACACCACCCUAGUUUAAUAUAUUCCAAGGGUUGUCUAGGCAACUAGUGUUUAUAAAAAAAUGUUUUGCAUUUAGUAUCACUAAUGUCAUUAAACAUUUGUGAGUAAUGGCUACAAGCUAUCUUUUUAUUAUAAAUUUAUUAUAAUGGGAUGUUUUUUCUGUAAGACGAAAACUUUCAAAGAACCAAAUAAAAAAAUGUAUUCAUGGACGGAGCGAAAGCAUUUGAAUCCAACAGAUUACAUUAUUGAAAAUUUAUCCGGAGGCACUGUUUGUAAGCCACCUGGUUCGAUAGGAGGCCAACAAUUUGUUAUACGUAAUUGUGAAGACACUAAUGUAUUUUUACUAGAUCAUUCAGAUUCAAUAAUUGUUGACGACUGUCAAGGAUGUACUCUUAUACUAGGUCCAACAAAGCAGAGUGUAUUUAUUCGGGAUACCAGCAAUAUAAAUGUAAUUGUCGCCUGUGGACAAUUUAGAGUGCGAGAUUGCUCAUCAUUGAAAGUAUCAUUAUUUUGUUCAACCCAGCCAAUUAUAGAGUCCAGUCAUGAAAUGAAUUUUAGCUGUUACCAGUUAUUUUAUAAUCAAUUAGAUGAUCAUUUCAAAAGAGCUAAUCUAAAUAUAUGGAAUAACUAUUGGAGGAUGAUUUUUGAUUAUACAUGGAAUGAAGGAAACAAUUGGACAGUCAGUGAUAUUCCUAUUAGUGUGAAAUUUCCAGAAGAGUUAAUUUGCAAGUAUGGCAUUACAUGUGAAUCAUACAGAUCAACUGUACCACUUACAAGAUGCGAAGUAACUAGCGGAGAGAACUGUUUUAUUGCAUUUGAUCAUAGUAACGAAGCGCUACGAUUUGUUCAAGCUUUAAAAUCACAUGAAACAAACUUAGAAUUAAUUAAAUGCAAGUAUUGGAAUGGAAAUGAUGCUAAGGAAUUUCAAAAGCAAAAUAACUUAUUUAAUAAUAGAAUAAAAGACGUUUUUAUAGGUGUACAUAUUCAAGGAAAAUAUGCUACAAGCAAAUGUUCUGCAAUAUUACAAAAUGAUUUUCCUCAAUUUUCUUCAUACAUUAGCAAAUCUGAACAAGAAACAGAGAGAAUAAUAAACAAUUUUUUUGUUUUGGCCGAUAAUGAGUUUUAAUAUAUUUUUAUAUUUACAAGUAAAUUAGAAAAGAUUAACCUGUGCCACAAAAGGCCUAAAGUUUGAAAACUCAAAAAUUUUGGAUAACCGUUCAUUUUUCAUUGUUUUUUUAGUUCAGCACGUGAAAUAAUGUAUUCACAACAAAAUUGUAAGAACAAAAGUUGUUUAAAAUAAUAUUUUACACAAAUUAUAUUCUGAACAAUUUUUUGAUUUACAUAUUGUAUAUAUGAAAAAUCAAUAUAUAUAAUUUUGUUGUUAAAAACUCACAAAAUAAAGUGAAUGUUCGUUGUAGUUUUUCAACUCGUGGUAAUUUUCGUAAUUCAUCAUAACAGAAAUGUAUAAUCUUGAAUAAACUAUUAUCAAACCAUCAAGUCACAAUUUAUUACAAGAAUGACUUAAAGGACGAUAAAGUCUUAAUCAAAACACAUUACUAAAAUUUGUCCUAACUAUACAUUUUUCAGGUUAUUGUUUUCAUUAGUUCUAUUGUGUCCGUAUGAUCAUUUUUAGAUCGUAUACAUUUAGUGUUUAUAAUAAUUUUGAUAUUUUAACAAUUUUUGAAUACAUAUUAAAAUGGCUUCACGGAAAACUUUACGAAAAGAUACAUUUAUAUUUUUGAUUGGUUUCCCGUCAAACCAAAUUAUUGGUAGUAAAUUGCCGUCAAUAAGACAAGUACUAUCGGUUUUUUUUUUUAACAUUUGUUUGACAUUGCUCAAGUUGAUGCCCUUAAUUUAAUGUCAUUACAAGAAGAUAGAGAUUUUUUAUUAAUGCAAUGAUAAAAAAGACAUCCUGGUAUUAUGUUAGGAGUUGAUUUGAAUAUUGCACAAAAAGAAAAAAGAGCCAAUGAAAGGUUAAAGAUGUCCGAAAAAAAACGUAAAAGAAGUUAUAACGAGAUACAGUCAUUGAGUAAGUUUAAUAUUAUUUUAGAAUCAUUAUUUAAUAAUUAAGUAUGUAUUUAAAUGCGCAAGUAGAAAUGUGUUCAUCAUCAUAGUCUGACGUUGCUGAAAAUAAUUUUAACAAGCCUGGACCGUCUAAAAUGUACGUUAAACAACCAACUAGAGGAAGAAUUGAUUUUGAAAAGGUACUUGCGUGUUAUUAGAAAAUUACUUAGAACGUAAUAUUUUGUACUUACCAUGUCGACACCACAUCUACGAGCUAGUAUUAAAAUGUGUUUUUGAAGUUAAAUUACGUCUAACAUCUGGUCCUGAUGUACCAAUAUUUAAACGCUUUCAACAAAAUUGAAGAAAUAUAGAUACUAACAAAUUUGAGCCAGAUAUAAUGAACGACAUUAUAAAAAAAACAUUAAAUGAUGUAUGUACUGUUGUAACUAUCUUCGCAAAUAACUAUUUGCUUAUUAAACAACUCGGAGAGGAUUACAGAGAGUUUUUAGAACUAACAAUUAUUUUUCUUGGUGGAGUUUCCUUUAGAGUUCCGGGAGCUAUCUAUCAUGUUAGUUGGAUGACAAAAGCUUUAUAUUGCUUAAAAAUAUUUAUAUUCCGAAACCAAUUUAAUUUAACCUAAAAAGAAGAAAUGUCAAUAGCUAGUAUUUGUAUAUUUAUUAUUAGAUUAUACGUAAAGAGCUUGGUUUAAUGCACCAUACCAAGAUUUAAAUUUUUUAAAAGAUUUGGUAAAUUAUCAGUCAAUAGAUAAAAAUAUAUCAUAAGUUACAGUUAAAAAAAUGUGUGGUCAUUUGUGGUAUCUAUCGCCACAGAAUAGGGUAUUAUCACUUUUUGAUACUAAUGUUCCAUUUGAUACAAAGUGAAAAAUUAUAGCUGCUCAAAAAAUCCAUACAGAUGAUGAUGUACCAGAAAAAUAUUUAUUGAAUACAAUAGAAGCUACUGGAAUAUUAAAUAAAAAUCUUGAAGAUUUUAUUUAUGGAAAAUCAAUGCAAUUUUUCAAACGUUUUAAUAUAGAUACUAGUUUUCUGAUCAUUGACCCAUCAUUAUGGAGCACUGAUGAAAAUUUGAAGAUAUCGAUAGA